UGCGCCUGCGCAGCCAGACGUGGCAGCGGCAUCAUGGCUUCUUGGAACUGCUACGGGAGACGCAGGAGAGGGACCGAAAUGCACAUCUUACUGUUGGUUGUGCUUGUGACCACACUGCAGGCAGUGAAAGUAUCCCCACUCAUAGAGAAAGUGAGUGACCACAAGGAUUUCAAAAAGCUUCUCAGGACUAGAACCAACGUCCUUGUCCUUUACACUAAGUCGGCUACAUCUGGAGACCCUCAACUGAAGCUUCUCUCUGAUGUAGCCCAGGCAGUGAAAGGCCAAGGGACCAUCGCCUGGGUGAACUGCGGGGAUUCUGAGGGUCGUAAACUCUGUAAGAAAGUGAAGGUGGACCCCAGUUCGAAGACUGCUGGAUUUGAGAUCCUGCAUUAUAAAGAUGGAACCUUCCAUACAGAAUACAACAGACCAGCCACGCUUAAGUCUAUGGUGGCGUUCCUGAAAGACCCCACAGGUGCCCCCCUAUGGGAGGAGAACCCUGAGGCUAAAGACGUCGUUCACAUUGAGACGGAGAAAGACUUCAGGAAGCUGCUGAAGAGGGAGGAGAGACCCAUCCUCAUGAUGUUUUAUGCCCCCUGGUGUGGUGUUUGUAAGAGGAUGCAGCCCAUCUUCCAGCAGACAGCAACCGAGACAAAAGGGAAAUAUGUGCUGGCGGGGAUGAACGUGCACCCAGCUGAGUUCGAUGGUCUGAAGCAAGAGUUCAAUGUCAAGGGAUACCCAACCUUCUGCUACUUUGAGAAGGGGAAGUUCCUGCAUCACUAUGAAAACUAUGGAGCCACAGCCAAGGACAUCGCAGACUGGCUUAAAAACCCCCAGCCUCCCCAGCCGAAGACCCCUGAGGUGCCGUGGUCAGAGUCAGACUCAGCUGUUUUUCACCUGACAGACGAGUCCUUCGACACGUUUCUGGAGGAGCACCCCUCAGCUCUGGUCAUGUUCUACGCUCCCUGGUGCGGCCAUUGUAAGAAGAUGAAGCCAGAAUAUGAUGAAGCUGCUGAAAUUCUGAACAAAGAUGCAAAUAGUCCAGGCGUGUUAGCAGCAGUGGAUGCCACCAUCCAUAAAUCAGUGGGAGAGCGCUUUAAAAUCUCUGGGUUCCCCACAGUGAAAUACUUUGAAAAGGGAGAGGAGAAAUACACCCUGCCUCAUCUCCGGACCAAAGACAAGAUCUUCGAGUGGCUGCAGAAUCCCCAGGCCCCUCCUCCUCCAGAACAAUCAUGGGAGGAGAAACCAUCUAGCGUGAGCCACCUUGGAGCUGAGGACUUCAGGGAGGCUUUAAAAAAGAAGAAGCAUGCUUUAGUCAUGUUCUACGCCCCAUGGUGCCCACACUGCAAGAAUGCCAUUCCCCACUUCAUUACAGCUGCAGAGCUUUUCAAAGAUGACCGCAAGAUUGCGUAUGCUGCUGUGGACUGCACCAAAGGACAGAACCAUGAGCUCUGUAAGCAGGAGGGUGUAGAAGGGUACCCAACCUUUAACUACUACAAUUAUGGCAAGUUCAGUGAGAAAUACAAUGGAGAGAGAGGGGAAGCUGGCUUCACUGGAUUCAUGCGAAGCCUAAGAGGGCGGGACCAAGAGAAGGUGGGAAAGCGAAAGGAGGAGCUCUAAGAGUAUGGGUGUGGCCAUAAACAGGGGAGGAGUCUGUCAUUGCACUGUGACCUGGGCAGGGACCUCCCAGCACUGAUGCCACACACUUGAAAACCUCAGCUGAAAAGAGGAUAUUUUUUUAUACAGCCGUGCCCUUACGUUUGUAAUACCAAUGUACAACCAUGAGACCACUUGAGACUUUGCUUUGUUUGUUCAUAGACAUUUUUGUGGAUAAUUGCUCCAAAAUACUGUGACUGCAGUUAAUGAAACUACAUCUUGAAUCUAUGCAAUACUGAACACUCAUAUCCAGGAUCUUUGUGAUGGGGUGGCUUCUGUGUGAAGAUGACACUUCAGCUACUCUGCAUAAGCCCCCCAAAAUCCUUGUUAUUGCCAGUCUCCAUCAUUACCACUCCCAUCUAUGUGAAGAGGGACCAUAUGUGUACAGUCACACCAACUAUUUUUGUACAGCAAUGUAAUGUGACAUCUCAGCCUUCAGAAAGAGAACAGAACAGGAACAUGUAGCUCAUAUUUGUGGCCUUAAAUGUUUGAAUAAAUUUUAUUCAAGUGGUGCAGUGCACCUGGGACUAUAUCAGUGAUGUACUGGGGCCAAAAUACAACAGAGCUUAUAAAGUUGUGUGUUGAAGCCUUUAGCUUCUUUAUUCCUUGUUUUGUUGUUUCUUUGUCAGCUAUGGGAGAAUAAAAUACGAAACAAAAACGGAAAAUGCCAAAAAGUAUAGCUUAGCUUUUAAUGAUGAAUUGAGUUCCAGAAAUUAUUUUGGCAUUAGUUGUUAAUCUUGUUUGCCCCUGCUUUGUUUUACCAUCUCCAUAUAUUCACUUAAAUAUAAGUGGCUAAAGAGCUCUACUAAAAUAAAUACACAAACAUUACUGUAAUGAUUAAACACAAACUUUAAGCCUAGUAUAGUGUAGCCUCUCACUUGUACUUCCCAAGUUUCCAUUUCAUUCCAUUAAUUCUUGCCAUUCUAUACAUUAUUUUGUGAAUUAUGUAGCAACCAUUUGAGGACUGUCUUUUGUCUUUCUCUUUUUUCCUUUUUUGUUUGGUCAAAGCGGUUUCAUAAACAGCACUACAUAAAACCGCCAUGGUUCAUUCAGAUUAGAACUAGUCAAAUUUAAAUGAAUAUAUAUAUUCAGUCAACCAACAGUAAGAUGUUCUUUAGUUUUGUACUGGAGCUGCAAGGCUAUACAACUCAUGAAAGUCUGUUUCACCUAAAAUUGUUAUUCUCGCAGCUCCAUUGCAAAACUAAAGAGGUAACUUUGGACACCAAAUACAUCUUGGUCGACCAUGUUUUGAGUAAAGAAGAAAUUGUGUAAAUUUGAUUUUUUGAUUAACAGCUACUUUAAAAUAGGGAACCAAAAUGACAUUGUUCCCUGCCUCCUUCCUCAGGGGAGCAUUUAUCUGGGAAAAAAAAUAGCAAUAGCAGGUUUGAUUAAUGGCACACAAAAUAAUUUUUUCACUUUUCAUAUAUCACUGCUGGCCACAUCUUUUUACUUGAUGUGUUGUUAAGAAAGGCAGUUACCAAGCCCAAAUGCCACUGUGAGCCAUAUUGCAGUUAUACUAGCAUGUAAUAUUCAUGUUAUACUACAGAUUUUAAUGUGAAAUUUUGCUUCGGUUUGUUUUUGGUUGUUUUAUAUACAUAUAUACCUUACACAUUCAGAUCUGUCAGUGAUGGAAAGAGAAAUCCUUUUUCCUCCAAACAUAGCCCAUACAUAAUGUUGUGGCAUGAUUACUGAACAAGAAAACUCAUACAUCAAACAACUAUGUUAUUGGAGGUGUGAGAGGCACGCCAACAGAUCCCAGCACUCUUGGUGAUGGCAGAACCCUUAGCACAUUAUCUCUUUGGCAACUUUGCAGCUGUGUUGGAAACUCCCUGCUUAAGGCAGAAUACAUAUUUAAUAGGCUUAUCUGUAGCUGAACGUAUUCUAUUAUUCAAGAGUUUGAUUCUUUUCAUUAUGAAUAAAGUUCUCAGGGAUAGCGAAACACAAUUAAAGGGAGCUAACAUGCAUGGUCAUUUGCAUUUCAGCUGGAUACUGAGUUUGUGUUGCCGAAUUCUGAAGUGUUUACAUUUGUCUUUGGGAGAUGGUACACAAAGUGUUAACAAGUGAUACUAAGAUCCAAUUUACAUUACCUCAUCAAAUUAUGGCAGAAAGUAUUCAAUCCAGUGAACUAAAGAAAGCUGAAGAUGGCUGCUUUGAGUAGGGGAAUGGUUUUGGGACUAGAGUGGUGUUUUUAGAACACAAGGGUGAAGAAGUGUACAACUGCUAAAUUAAUAUCAGUCAAAAACAGGUGCAUUAAACUGCAGUGAGGGAAUGUUAAAUACAACUUCUUACUCCUAUGUUGCUCUAAAUGACAUCACUGACAAUUUUGUCAGUUAUGCCUCGAUGUGGUUGAAACAGAAGCUCAGCUCUACCUUACUUGCUAUAAAACCUUUGUCCAGUGUAUUGGUUUUUUCAUAGUUAUUGGUCCAGGGGUCUAUGUACCAAAGCAUUGUUUGUUGAAGGAAAUCCUGCUUUUUCUUAUCCCAAAGGUCUCCAUUUUGUUGAGAACUAUCACAUUGAUGCCAAGAACUCACUUUCGCCUUUCUUGAUUUAUGUACCCAGCCAUAUGUACAGUUUUGCCCCAUGAAUGAACACUUGGCAAAAUAAAAACAUACAUUUCCAACUAUUA